GAGAAAGUCACAUUAUGGGGUCUCCCCAGAGGGAAAUAUUAUGUAAGGUGCUGGUAGUGGGUGACCUUGGGGUUGGAAAGACGUCAAUCAUCCAGCGUUAUGUCCACAACGUUUUCUCUCAGUGCUACAGAGCUACCAUUGGCGUGGACUUUGCCCUCAAGAUUGUAAACUGGGACUUGGACACUGUGGUUAGACUGCAACUCUGGGACAUUGCAGGACAGGAGAGAUUUGGUCACAUGACACGGCUGUAUUACCGUGAGGCAGUGGGCGCCGUUGUGGUAUGUGACCUAGGUCGGGUGGCCACAGUGGAGUCGGUGUCUCGUUGGAAAGAAGAUCUGGAUUCCAAGGUGUGCUUGCAGAAUGGAAACCCUAUCCCCGUCAUACUGCUUGGGAACAAAUGUGACCAAGUCCCCUUGGGCACAUCCGUGUCAAAUCUGGAGCAGCUCGGCCAAGAGUUGGGAUUUAGUUACAGUCAUGUGACUUCUGCCAAGGAGAAUGUGAAUAUUGACAUGGCAAUCUCUUCUUUAAUAAAAGAAAUUAUAGCCAAUGAUGAAGAUUCUGAGCCUACAAAUGAUCCCACUAUUAUCCAGCCAUCUCUGCACCCCUCAGUGAACAAGGCCUGUUCCCAGUGUUCAAGGUUCUGACCUUGAAUGUAUGACUCCAGCUUUAUUUAGAAAUGUCUGUAUUCCUGCAUACAGUUUAUGUUUAUAGGGUUGUGGUUAGGGCUGGCAGGGGUAAAACACACUUUGGGGGGCUCCAUCACAUAUGUUCAUCUCACCCUGGUAUACUGGCUCCAGUUUUAUCCCUACUAUACCUGCUAUCCCACAGCCACAGACUGUGGGAUAGCAGGUAUAGUCGGGAGAGAUGGUGCCUAUAGUAACAGUGGAGACAAUAUUCUCUGGGAAGAGAAUGUGGAUGUGGGAUAGCAGGUAUAGUAGGGAGAGAUGGUGCCUAUAGUAGCAGUGGGAUAAUAGUCUCUGGGAAGGGACUGUGGCUGUGUGAUAGUAGGUAUAGUAGGGAGAGAUGGUGCCUAUAGUAACAGUGGAGACAAUAUUCUCUGGGAAGAGAAUGUGGAUGUGGGAUAGCAGGUAUAGUAGGGAGAGAUGGUGCCUAUAGUAGCAGUGGGAUAAUAGUCUCUGGGAAGAGACUGUGGCUGUGGGAUAGCAGGUAUAGUAGGGAGAGAUGGUGCCUAUAGUAGCAGUGGAGACAAUAUUCUCUGGGAAGAGAAUGUGGAUGUGGGAUAGCAGGUAUAGUAGGGAGAGAUGGUGCCUAUAGUAACAGUGGGGAUAAUAGUCUCUGGGAAAGGACUGUGGCUGUGGGAUAGUAGGUAUAGUGGGGAGAGAUGGUGCCUAUAGUAGCAGUGGGAUAAUAGUCUCUGGGAAGGGACUGUGGCUACAUAAAUAAAGUCCCUCCAAAGUCAAGGUGAAUAUGUGGCAUAUAAGUGAUGAUUCACACACUAUGCCUAAAUACUACUCUGUGGGACCCUACCAGGGACCCUACCCAAUGUCAGUUGAGCCUCUUUGGACCACCCUAAAUAUAGCCCUUUUGUGGAUCCAUCUUUUGUAUAGAGUGUAUAUAUGUAUAUAAAUGUGAGUAAUUCUAUUAACAGUAAAGAAUAACAAAUCCA